AUGGUGUUUGUUACACAACCGGGAGGCCCAGAAGUGGGCAAGGAGCACACAGCCUGGCAGCAUGAAGACAUUCCAGGUCACAGUCCCACAUGGAGGAAAUGCCACAAGUCAGCCGUACCUCCACCUCGGCACUUGCUAGGGGUCCCCUUUGAUCAGGAAAGAUGUGGUCUCAAAGCUCCCCGGCAGAAGGGAGAUAAAGACUUCAGAACACGCUCACAAUCUGAUCAGGAUUCAGGGAGGCGGGAGGCUGUCUGGCACACAACCAACCCUGCAGGGCAGCUGCCCAUUGGGCAAAGGAGAAGAAAGGUCUAUCCGCUCACUCGGCUGCUGGAAAGGGACUUCAUCCCAGCGGUGGAUGAAUGCAGAGGGGCUGGAGAAAGAAGAGGUACAGAAGAGAGAACUGCAGCUCACUCCCCCCAUACCCUAAACCAGGGAUAUUGCAGAGUUCGGGGGACAGACUUGACAGCUUCCCAGAGAUCGCUGCUAGAGGCGGGCCUUCGUCCCCCUAGGAGAGAAGGCAGAAGGUUGGGAAUGUUGGACAGGAGCCAGGACCUCCCUUGCACAUUUUCACACAACCUGGGUCUUCCCGAGCAACCUGGGUUUCAAAUCCUCUGCUCCCUGAUGCCAUAUAAAACAGCAGAACUCAUUGUCCUUGUCCCACUAAAGUUCAAGUCACUGCAAAUACAGGGCCCAAUAUUCUAAGACUGCAUUCCUAGCAAAUGACUCUCCCUGGCCAAGGAGACAGCUACUUUAUCAAGGGCAUGGGGAGUAUGUGGGUCUGGGCAAGAAUAGUGCUCACCCAGACUGAGCUCCAGGCAGAGGGAAAGCCAGGGAAAGUAAAAGCCCAGGAAUAACCACAACCCCCAACCUUGAGACAGAUGUGCUGGGGGAGAAGGUGAAGAGUGGCAAAUGGCACUUAAGAAUUUCAAUACAGCUUCCUCUUUAAAAUCUCCCAGGCCCAGGCCCUUCACUGCACCAGCCAGAGUUCUGCUCUAACUGGCACUGUGAGGCUGAAGGGGGUGGCUUCUGGCUUCAUCCUCCCUUCUGAGACACCUCCUCCCCACCCAGCUAUGGCUGUCAAUGGCCCAAUUCCUCCCUGGCCAAGGCCCUCCCUUCCUAACCUCAGGGCUGGCACACCCCAUCCCUGGCCCAGACAGGGAGAAGAUGAACUGCCCAAGGGACAUGGUGGAAGGAACCGAGAAACAGCAGCC